CUGAUCUGCAUCCGGGAAUGGACGACUGCGAGUUACCGAGGGAGCUCCUAAUUGAGAUCUUGGUGAAGCUGCCAGUGAAAUCUCUUAUGCGUUGUAAGUGCGUGUGCAAAUGCUUCUAUGAUUUGAUUAAGAACAAUCAUCAAUUGUUGCAUAGAUUCUAUGAAGUUAAUCGAGAGAAAUGUGAUUAUGCUAUUCUAGAGAUCCCAUCUACUCAUCUUGGCUAUUCUAAUAAAAUGUUCAGUCUGCUGUACAAUGAACCGGAGUCUGAUGAUAUAGGGUGCACAUACCUAGAUUUCCCUAAUUCAAUGACAAGAUUUGUAAGUUGCUGCGAUGGAAUGUUAUGUUUUAUUCUGGGUAAACCUGAUUUUCUUAUCACCUCUUGUGAGAUUUCGACGGAUUUGAAUUUCGACAUUCUGAUAUGGAACCCGUUCAUCAGGGAAAUCAAGGCCUUGCCUUCGAUUAAGGUGCCUCACAGCCCACCCACUGAAAUACUAGCCAGCUAUACUAUGUAUGAAGGCUUUGGGUUUGGGGUUUCUAAGAGCAUGGCUUGGAAGGUUGUCAUGCUCUGGUAUUUUAAUUAUUGUGCUUUCGGGGGCAAGAAACAGAAUUAUGAAUGUGUAAUGGUUUGCAGCCAAGAUGGUGAUGGUUCAUGGAGUUGGAGGCAAAUUGAUGCUCUGCCAAAUGUGCCUGUGAGUUCUCAGGAAGAUUUUUAUUGUAAGGGGAAGUACUAUUGGCGGGUAGAAACACAUGAGGUCCUGGAUUCAGAACCACCUUGUGAGCGGUUGCUAUGGUUUGACUUGGAGGAUGAAGUGUUUGGGACGAUCGGGUUGCCAACCAGAUGGGAAGAUAUUUCCUUUACAGUGAUGAAUGAGACUAUUGCUAUGAUUAGUCUAUGUCCUCCUGAGAAUAGCAAUUGCAUUGAGGUAUGGUUAAUGAGUGAAAACGCUGAUUGUGUAGAUUGGCAUAAACAGUGGAGCGUAGAAUGUUGUUCAAGCAUAGACAGGCAUGAGUAUCGGAGCCCACUAGGAGGUGGGACAUGGCGUGAAUCGUGGUUGCCUAUUGGAAUUUGGAAUCAGGGUGGUGGACGUUUUCAUUUGAUAGCAUAUCCGUGUGUUAUCAGUUAUCAAAGCGAAGAAUCCGAGGAAUCCGAGGAUGACCUUGCUCCAUGUGUUGUUGGUUAUCCAGAUGAAGAAAACUAUGUACCGUAUUUAGUAUUGGUUGAUUUGGAAACUCAAGAACUGAAGAUGAUUUAUUUAACUAAAAAUAGGAAGUGUGUUGAACUUAUUUCAAAUUCUACGGGGUACGCUCAAGUUUACAAGGAAAACAAUAGUGAUAUAACUCAAGAGUGGAAGGAUUUUAAGGUCUUUCCGUCUGAUGGUGUGUAUGCCAGAAUAUACAAUCCAAGUCUGAAAUUCGUAUAGAAAACACAUACAAGUCAAUAGAUGUGUGGUUUUACUUGUGCAAGUAGAUUCUGGUUGAGUGCCUUCUUCGUGUGAUGUUAUGGAUUGUAAUAAAGGAAUGUUAUCUGUACUCCUUAGGAGAGCAUGCUCGCUCAACUUGCUGUUGGGAGUGUCUGAACAUAAGUUCUCUAUGUAUGUUGUACCUAUGAAGUCAUGAUUUUCAGAUGGAAGGUGGUAGAUAUUCGGUUGAUUUGGGUAACCUCCAACGCAAUCGAAGGAACGAGAUUGGGAGGAAGAAAUCCCGCAAAGGUAAAGAACUUGCCGGUUCUUCAUCUCAAAGCCGAGAUGAUAACUAUAUUAUAAACGCGGCUGAGAUCGACACUUGCGAAAAAAUUUGUAAUGUUUUGAUAUAUUUUUUUAAUGCUACUGAAACUUUUAGUCAUGUUUAUAAACCUACCGCAAACCAAUUUAUUCCACAAGCUGUUAAUCUCGCCGAUGCUUUUAAAGAAUUUCAGAAUGCCGUUUUCGUUCAUUAUUUUUGUGAUUCUAUGAAGGAAAAGUUUUUAAAAUAUUAUGCGCAUAUUCCCCAUAUUUAUGGUAUUGCAUUUAUUCUCGAUCCUCGUUAUAGACUUGCCAAUUUGGAAGAUUGUUUCAACUUCUAUUAUCUUGCGUUUUUUGGUGAAUUUCCAAUGUAUGACGAUAACCCCAUAGAUCCGAAAACGGAAUACAACGAGGUUAGUACUUUAUUUUAUGCCUUAUUUAAUGAGUUUCGUGCACAAUAUAGCAACGCUCCCCCUCCCCCGUCACGAACAUCUUCAUCUAAAGGAAAAUCGAUUUUUAAAUCUGCAUUUGGCAAUCUUAUGAAAAAAACAAAAACAACUCACGUCACUGAACAAAGUGCAUUGAAUGAGAUUACUUUGUAUUUAACAUAUGAAGUUGAUUUUGAAGAAAAUGAUGACUUUGACGUUCUAGACUGGUGGAAGUCAAAAGAAAGAACGUUCCCGAUUUUAGCACGGAUGGCUAAGCAAGUACUAUCAAUGCCGAUUUCAACAGUUGCUGUGGAACAAGAAUUUAGCUCGGCCCGCAACGACCUAACGGCAUCUAGAUCGAGAUUGAGCGCGGAGUCUCUUGAGAGCUUAGAGCAUCUCCAAUGCUAGAAUGUGCACGGUGCACAUGUGGCAUGAGAGAGAUAGACACAAAAGAUUGAUUUUAUGACAUUUCUCUCUCCAUCUUUCCACGAUCUUUUGUGUUUUUGGUAAGUUUUCCUCUGCAGUGUCAACCACAAUGUCUACAUCUAGACAUUGUGCUUGACAUUGUGAAGAAAAACUUACCAAAAUGAUAUAAGAUCCCUCAAAUAAGGAGAAAGAUAUUUUAUUUAUUAUUUUUUGAUUGGCUAUCCCUAAUGCCACAUAUGCACUGUUAACGUAUUAGCAUUGGAGAUGCUCUUAGAGCAUCCACAAUGCAUUCCUUUCUAGUCCAAAUAAAUUGUGCCAAAUGUCAAAUUAUUAACAGGCUUUCUAAUAAAAAUGAAACAAAGUGGAAUGACCGGACAAUGAAAUAUAGAAAAGCCUCCAAUGUAUGUAGUCUUGCGGCCUAAUUAAUUGAUGAGGUGGAGUACUAUAUUAAUUAAAAUACUCCACUAUGCCGUACAUACGUAAACGGCUGCAUAGCUUGUUUCAUAGGGUUUGCAAUUCCUUUUUACAUCGACGCAUUGUUUUUAAUACAAAUGGUGAGUCAGCAUGUCCUUCGGCCUUUCUACACUCGGAAAGUCAUGUAAACAAUGAGCAAUUAAUUUUUUGCCAACUCAGCAAUAGACUAGAUGCAUUGGAGAGAUUUCAAGGUGUAAAAUGUCUAACUUAAUGAGGUGGCAUGUCUUAACCUACACUAGACUACAUGCAUUGGGGAUGCUCUUAUAUGCUACCACGAUUGGUUGAAGGCCGCACGUAGAACUCAAGAAAUGAGCAUCACCCCCUCCCAAGAUUUUAUGGAUGACUCAACAACCGAUGAUGGCUCUACCUAUGCCGGAGAUUCCGAUUGAUUAGUAUUUUAGAAUUUAUUAUAAAAUGUAUUUUAUAGCACUUGUCAAAUUUAUUUAUAAUUGUACUUCAUAUUUCAAAAUUGUAAAUUUGUAGUUGUACUUCAAAUUAAUUUGUAAACUUGUACUUCAUAUUUCAAAUAAAUAUGUGUUCACUUUUUCAUA